AUGCACCAGACUCCAAAUAUCAAAGAGUGGCUUAUUUUAAUUGCUUAUGCUAAAUUCCAGAUCAAAGACAGAAAGAAUUCCUAUAGUGGGGCGGACUGUGACGAGGUGAACUCUCUGCCUGCUCCAGCAUUUUCUUUCCUAUCAUUCUUCCAGAGUCGAGCAGAUGUGUAUGUUGGAAUUUCCCCCGAUUAUACUUCUGUAAAAACAGUGGUACAUUGGGGUCAGGUUGCUAAAUCAAACCAAUUUAAAUAUUUUGAUUAUGGACCAAAGAACGGGGGUAUCUACAACAUGAGUUCACCCCCAUUUUAUAAAGUAGAGGAUUCUAUUGUGCCAACAGCUGUGUGGAGUGCUGGACGUGACACUAUUGCAAGCAAAAGAAAUGUUGAAAUGUUGCUUCCUCGAAUCACUAAUUUAGUUUUCUACAAGCAUAUUCCUGAUUGGCAGCAUGUGGAUUUUAUCUGGGGUCUUGAUGCACCAGAGAGGUUGUAUAAGGAUGUGCUUUGUCUGAUGCAAAAGUACAAAUAAAGUUUUAAUAUGAGGGGCAAACUAUAUAUCUGAUAUUAAUGUGCACAUUUAUUUUAAAGGAAUCUUACAUCGGUUGAUUUCUGUAUUUAUAUUCUUCCUUUCUGUCACAAACAAUAUUGAAGCUGGCUUACAAUAAUAAAGAGAUAUGAAGAAGAAAACCGCAUAAGAAAAUUGACGGUAAAAGUGUAACAUCAAGUAGGGAUACAGCCUCUAGUACUACUUAUUAUAAUAUGCAUUUUAUUUUAUAUUGUGUAAUGAUGCCUUAUAGAAUAAACUUGCUUCUGCUCUGCAAUGAAUCAUGGAACUCCCUAUCUGAGAUU